CCACCUUUGUAAUAAUAAUAAACUAAGCGAUUGCGUUGCUUGCUCCCUGUGAUCUGACCCCUCCAUGCGCAGCGGAGAAUGGCCGGAGAAGCCGAGCCGGAGCCCGCGCCGGGGCCGAGCCGGUACCGGGCCGUCGCCGAUCGGUGCCUGAGGCUCGAGGCGAGCCAAGCCGAGCUCACGGAGCGACUCGCCGAGCUCGUCGAGUCCGGCGAGAGCCCCGAGCCCGGCGCGGCGUCGCCACCGCCGCCGGACUCGGGGUCCGAUCCGUUCGCACGGUUCCCGGGAGCUUUCCUUGGGGGAGGCCCGUGCCGGAGGAUUCUGGAGUCGAUCGGACACGCCGUUCACGUGUGCGGAGCUUCUUCGCGAAAGAUCACGUACUGGAACCACUCUGCUGAGAAUCUCUAUGGAUGGAAAGACCAUGAAGUCAUUGGACGAAGAGUUGAUGAAAUUCUAGUUGCUGAAGAACAUUUUCCUUCUCUGCAGAAUAUCAUGGAAAAGCUGAGGUUUGGCCAGUCAUGGUCAGGUCAGUUUCCUCUUAAGAAAAGGUCUGGUGAAAUAUUUAUGGCUAUGGUGACGAAAAGCCCAUUAUACGAGGGUGGAGAGCUUGCUGGUGUUAUCACUGUUUCAAGUGAUGCGGCCCUUUUUAAUGGUAUAAGCCUGGACAGAUCAAGAGCAAAUGAGGAGCAUGCUAAUGGCUUGCCUAAAUCACGGGGUUUGAACUUGAAAAAGAUUCAGUGGCAGCCACGGCCACAGAUUGCACCUAUACCACAAAUUGCUUCCUCUGUUUCAAACCUGGCGUCCAAAGUUCUACCACGCAGAUGUGGAGACAAUACACAGAAUCUAUGUGUUGGUGGACAGCACGAUGCAAUAGAAACUGAUGAUGCUAUAUUAGAGAAACCUGGUAAAUUGGCAGCAAAACUGUUGGAGAAGCUGCAUAUUAAAGGUAAUCGGAACGUGGUAAAUGAAGAUGAAAGUUACCAACAGAUCAAACAUGCAAGUAAUGGUCCAGUGAGAAAUGAAGUGACAUGUGAGCCUAACAUUGCAACAGAUUUGAAGGCAUCAAGUACCUGCCAGGGAACUCUUCAUCCCAAUAUCAUGGGGAAAUGUCCUGGCAGGAAAACUCCUGUUUUAGCUGAAAGAGAAUCCAUUGAUUUGCACAGAGGUGCACAUCCUCCCACUUUCAGUGAGACUUCUGAGUUAGCAUCCUCAAGAAAAUACAAUAAGUGUUUUCAUUUGCCUAGACCAGGAAAUUUGUCGCCGAAAGUGCUCAGCCAAGUGAGUGAGGAAACUGCUGAGCCAGGAGACUUGGUAAAGGAGGAAGUACAAAAACCGCCUGAUGGCAAACAAUUCCACAGUUCUGGAGAAAGCAUUGGCAGCCACGACACUUCAUCAAGCAAAAGUGAUAGUGAGUUGAGUUAUAUGGUUGACUGCGAGAUUCGUUGGGAAGAUCUACAGCUGGGUGAAGAGAUUGGGCAAGGCUCAUGUGCAGUAGUUUAUCGCGGCAUGUGGGAGGGAUCGGAUGUUGCUAUUAAGGUCUAUGUUGGGAACGAAUAUAGUGAAAAUACUUUGCAGGACUACAAGAAAGAGAUCGAAAUAAUGAAGAGACUGAGACAUCCGAAUGUUCUAUUGUUCAUGGGAGCAGUCUACUCUAAGGAACGACUAGCCAUUGUAACAGAAUCCAUGCCAAGGGGAAGUCUCUUCAAGACACUACACAAAAACAAUCAAGUCUUAGACACAAGGCACCGUUUGAGAAUGGCCCUUGAUGUUGCCAGAGGAAUGAAUUAUUUGCAUCACAGGAAUCCACCAAUAGUGCAUCGAGACCUCAAAUCUUCUAACCUGCUCGUUGAUAAAAAUUGGACUGUCAAGGUUGGAGACUUUGGUCUCUCAAGGUUGAAGAAUGCCACGCUGUUAACAGCAAAAUCUGGAAGAGGAACUCCUCAGUGGAUGGCUCCUGAAGUCCUUCGUAAUGAACCAUCAGAUGAAAAGUCUGAUGUGUACAGUUUCGGCGUAAUACUAUGGGAACUGAUGACAGAAUCUAUUCCAUGGAACAACUUAAAUUCCCUUCAGAUUGUCGGAGUGGUUGGCUUCAUGGAUAGAAGAUUGGACGUGCCAGAAGGGAUUGAUCCUGGGAUAGCCUCCUUAAUCCACGACUGUUGGCAGAGUGCCCCGGAUAAGCGACCUUCUUUCGAGUUGAUCCUCCAGAGAAUGAGAAGCCUAGUCCGCAGCUGUGCAGCUGCCUCCAUCCGAAAGAACCCAGGUAGCUAAGGUUGUAAUUCAACUCGAAACCAAAGUUUUGUUUGUGCAUAUAGUCAUCCAAACUGUAGAUGAAUAGCUCCAAUCAAUCACAUUAUCUUCUUUACUUUCA